GUCCGUCAGGGUGCCCUCCAUCAGGUCCGGGGUCAGGGUGCCCCCCCAACUGUCCGGUCAGGGUCAGGGCGCCCCCAAUCAGGGUCACAGGGCCAGGGUGCCUCCAACCAGGUCCGUCGGUGCUCCCCACCCAGGGUCAGGUCAGGUGCCCCCCCGCAGGUCAGGGCCAGGGUGCCCCCCCCCCCAUCGUGGGUCAGGUCAGGGUGCCCUCCCCCAUCAGGUCAGGGUGCCCCCCAUCAGGUCAGAAUCAGAGGGCCCCACCCAUCAGGUCAGAAUCAGAGGCCCCCCCAUCAGAAUGAACCAGAGGGCCCCCCAUCAGGUCUGAAUCAGAGGGCCCCCAUCAGGUCAGAAUCAGAGGGCCCCCCAUCAGGUCAGAAUCAGAGGGGCCCCCCAUCAGGUCAGAAUCAGAGGGGCCCCCCAUCAGGUCAGAAUCAGAGGGCCCCCCCCAUCAGGUCAGAAUCAGAGGGGCCCCCCCAUCAGGUCAGAAUCAGAGGGCCCCCCAUCAGGUCAGAAUCAGAGGGCCCCCCCAUCAGGUCAGAAUCAGAGGGCCCCCCAUCAGGUCCAGAAUCAGAGGGCCCCCCCAUCAGGUCAGAAUCAGAGGGCCCCCCAUCAGGUCAGAAUCAGAGGGCCCCCCCAUCAGGUCAGAAUCAGAGGGCCCCCCAUCAGAUCAGAAUCAGAGGGGCCCCCCCAUCAGGUCAGAAUCAGAGGGCCCCCAUCAGGUCAGAAUCGAGGGCCCCCCCAUCAGGUCAGAAUCAGAGGCCUCCCCCAUCAGGUCAGAAUCAGAGGGCCCCACCCCAUCUGAACACUGGGUUAUAUGUAACAUUAGAGCCAUGA